UUUUCCAACAUAUUUUAUUUUGUUUUUCACCUUCAUUCUCAACUCUGUCCUUGCCCCACCAAAUUAAACCCUUUCUCUACCAUUUUCGUCACAUUUUUGUCCAACCAAAUUCAUUUCAAAUCCUUUUCUCCACUUCACAAGCCUUCACUUCCUCUUCGUCGCCGGUUGUUUUUUCAACUCUCGGCGAUGGCGAACUGCACCGUCGAGUCUUGUAAAGUCGAGACCAGUGAUGGAGUCAAGCUCCACACGAGGGUUUUCAAGCCAACAGAUGAGGAAGAUAGGGAAAAUCUGGUGGUUGUUUUGGUCCAUCCCUACUCGGUUUUGGGUGGUUGUCAAGGCCUUUUGAGAGGAAUUGCUGGUGGCUUAGCGGACAGGGGUUUUAGAGCUGUGACUUUUGAUAUGAGAGGUGCUGGGAAAUCGUCUGGUAGGCCUUCUUUGACUGGAUUCGCAGAAAUUAAGGAUGUCACUGCUGUUUGCAACUGGGUUUGUGCGAAUUUGUCUGUUAAUCGAAUCUUGUUGGUGGGUUCAUCUGCAGGCGCCCCCAUUGCAGGCUCAUCUGUGGAUUUGAUAGAACAAGUGGUAGGCUAUGUAAGCCUUGGCUAUCCCUUUGGCCUAACUGCCUCAAUUCUUUUUGGAAGACACCACAAAGCCAUUUUACAGUCUCCGAAACCGAAGCUUUUCGUGAUGGGCACACGGGACGGGUUCACGAGCGUGAAGCAAUUGCAGAACAAGUUAAAAUCUGCAGCAGGACGUGUAGAAACACAUCUAAUAGAAGGUGUGAGCCACUUUGAAAUGGAAGGCCCUGCAUAUGAUGCUCAAAUGGUGAAUCUUAUCCUUAGUUUUAUUUCCUCUUUGUAGAAUGUUCAACUUGUUCAGAAUGUUGUGUAGGAAAUCAAAGGCUUUGGCUUAACAGAUUGUGCAUUAUCACAGUAAAAGGCAAGAACUAAUCUACAUA